GCGUUUGUUAGGGAGAUAAAGUACUGUAAGAAGAUCAAAUGCAAAGUGCAUGUCAACGCCUGUAAAGGACGGGGAUGUGUCACCCUGAAAUGUCCUUCUCCCGCCACCAUUCACUUGUCAGUAGAGUUAUUACUGAUCACUACAUCGGUUGCCAGCACUCCACCACAGCACAAGGGCACAAGGACACAGGGAGCUAGAAAUAGGGGGGAACGGCUGACAGAUGAGUAGAAUCAGGCACAGCAAGGAGGGAGUGGCGCAGGAAGGCAGGAGCAGCUCGAGUGUGCUUGUGUGUUUGGCGAGAGGAAUCAGAAAUCCAAGAGAAGAGCCUCGUCCCUCAGUGACAGAUCUGAAAGCAGUUAGAGGAAUCAACAGGGGCAAAUCCCCUUUAGGACACAGAGCUGUGGAGGCAAACAACAGCGGCAGGCGGAGCAAAUAGAGGACUAUUAUUCUCUGUGUUGUUUGACCAGCCCGGGUCCCACGGUGACAACAUGGGUGCAGUAGUGGGCACUCUGACCAUGCAAACCAAGCAGAGGAGACCAUCCAGAGAUAAGAUGGACGAUGAGCUCGAGAUUACGACGGUGUGCUACAGGCCAGAGGGUCUUGACCAAUUGGAAGCCCAAACCAACUUCAGCAAACAGGAGCUGCAGAUCCUCUAUCGUGGAUUCAAGAAUGAAUGCCCUAGUGGUGUGGUAGAUGAAGACACAUUCAAACACAUUUACGCACAGUUCUUCCCGCAUGGAGAUGCAAGCAUGUACGCACAUUAUCUUUUCAAUGCAUUUGACACUACAAACAAUGGCUCCAUUAAGUUUAAGGACUUUGUAGUAGGUUUGUCUACACUGCUGCGAGGAACAAUGAGAGAAAAGCUUGAGUGGACAUUUUACCUUUAUGACAUCAACAGAGAUGGUUACAUAAACAGAGAGGAAAUGACUGAGAUUGUGAGGGCCAUCUAUGACAUGAUGGGCAAGUACACCUACCCCGCACUAAAAGGGGACGUCCCGCAGCAGCACGUGGACGCCUUUUUCCAGAAAAUGGACAAAAACAAAGAUGGAGUGGUGACUUUGGAGGAGUUUAUCAUUGCCUGCCAAGAGGAUGAGACCAUGAUGAGGUCCAUGCAGCUGUUUGAAAACGUGAUGUAGGACCAGAGAAGUAGAUGGAGACGAAAAAUGAGAGGGCUUGGUGUGAGUGCGUGUGUGUGGAUGCAUGCAUGGCAAAUACAUCCAGUCUCUCCCCCACUCCCAAUCUGAUCCAGCUGUGGUCGGGAUACAUUCAGAUUCCCCCACAAUGACCAGAAAGAACGGGCUGGACUGGGAUCCUGUGCGCCUUCCUGCAGAGUGACUGUCCCACUUGGACGUAGAAGACAUUGCUGUCGGUCCCGUCCUUGACUAUUGGCCUGUUAAAGAUUAACAUGCUCUUACAUUGAAAAGCUGCUCCCUACCAGCAAAAAGCUAUUGUUCAACCAGCAGAACUUUUUUUCUCUUUUCUCACUAAAGCCGUCCUUUGUUUUUGUAAAAAAUAUAUUUGCAUGCUUUUGCAAGAGGUUUUGAUUUAUCUCCAAACAUUUGUUAAAUUUGUUAUGGCAUCUGAUCAGAACUUUUAUAUUUAUCUCUAUUGAAGUGACCCCUCUACUUUUGUAUUGACCCGGCUGUCGCUUGCUUGCUGUCUGUCAAAGCGUACAGUAGAAUGUUGAUGAAUUCGGUAACAAUAUAUUUUAAGGGUCUUACAUGGUGCGUAAGUGUCACUGUCUUUUCGUCUAUGUUGGAACUGAGGUUAUAGUGAUAAGAAAAUAUUGUAAAAAAUUUUCUACAUUUUGGAUUUUGUGUGGAAGUUCCCGCAAAAAAGAAAUGAUGGAUAUCAAUCAGGAAGAGGGACCUGACUUGCACACUGAUAUCUUUAUUUGCACACGAUCAAGGUGUAACACAAUGAUGAUGGUAAUAUAUAUAUGAAACAUCUUCUUGAUCUUCUUUAUAAGUAUGUAAUUAUCUACAAGAAAUGAUAUACCUCCUUACAAGCGUAGUCUGAGAAAUGGUGUGCCGUUUUGAUGAAAUCCUGGUAUGAGGAAGUUUCUGAUAAUCUUGCAAGAAAAUAACCCUCAAUUUCACCAGGACAACUCUGUCUGUAUUAGUGAACAUUUGGCACUGAUUCCUUGCUCCAAAGCCUACCUGGAUAUAUAAAUAUAGAUAAAUCCCUACUUGCACAAUUCCCUAGAAAUGAUUAUAACAUGAGUAUAAGUUGGACAAUAAGAAACAUUUUCCCUGUGUGACCUAACAGUGAAAGAUACAGAGUGAACAGGGUGACUCCUGCAGAUGUUUUUUUCUAUGCGGCAGGGUGUGUUUAAAAGCACCGCUAUAAUAGCAAAUUAUAUUUCAUAAUUUAAAUGUAAAUGUUUUUGGAGUUGCUUUUGUCUAUGUACUUAUUUCGCACUAAAUAAGUAAUAAUUGCACAAAAAAAAACUAAUCACAGUUUUUUUGUGGAGCAGCUCUUCGCUAAAGGUUACAUCAGUGUGACAUCACAGCCUCUGGAAUUAAAUCUCAUAAACAGAACAUUAAUUGUAAGCCAUAACAAUAAAAAAUGUAAAUUCUUAAGUUAA